CGCUGGCCCUUUUUUAGCCUUUUCUCUCAACUAAUAAAAUAGUCCUUGCCUCUCCGUCGACUUUCUCUGCUCUCUCUUCGCCACCUGUUCUCUUGCUUUACUCCUCUGUUCUCGCGCAGAACCUUCAUCAAUGGCUUCUCCUCCAUCCUCUGCUUCGGCUUUUCUGCUUCUUUCCCUCUCGGCUCUGUUUGUAAUCUCUCCGGUUCACUCACUCACCUGUACUUCCCAGAGCUUCACCAACAAUGCCGUCUACAAACAGUGCCUUGACCUCCCCAGGCUUUCUUCCUACCUCCACUGGACCUACGACCAGUCCAACUCUUCCCUCUCCAUCGCUUUCAUCGCCCCUCCGCCCAAGUCCGAUGGCUGGAUCGCGUGGGCGAUCAACCCAACUGGGACGGGCAUGAAGGGCGCCCAGACCCUUCUUGCCUUCAAGUCCGACGGCGGCGGAAUGACCGUCAAGACCUACAACAUAAAGGAAAUAGGCCCCAUCACGGAAUCUAAGAUCUCCUUCGACGUUUGGGACCUGAGUGCCGAGUCCGACGGCGGCGUCAUGAGGCUCUUUGCCAAGGUGAAGGUCCCCGGCAAUGCACAAACGGUUAACCAGGUCUGGCAGGUGGGUCCCUCCAUCACCGCUGGCUUGCCGGACCAGCAUGAGUUGCAAACGGCCAAUUUGAACGCCAAGUCCACGCUAAGUUUGAUUGGGGAACAAAUGGCCUCUCCCUCCGGAGGGGACUCCAGGACCAAGAAGAAGAAUAUACAUGGAAUACUGAAUGUCGUCAGUUGGGGCAUUCUGUUGCCUAUUGGGGCUAUUGUUGCGAGGUACAUGAGGACUUUUGAGUCUGCGGAUCCAGCAUGGUUCUAUCUUCAUGUUUUGUGCCAAGUAUCUGGUUAUGCAAUCGGGGUGGCUGGCUGGGGGAUUGGUCUUAAGCUUGGAAGUGAGUCGGAGGGAAUCCAAUUCACUGAUCACCGCAAUAUUGGGGUAGCCCUCUUUUGCCUGGCCACAGUGCAGAUCUUUGCUUUAUUCUUGAGGCCAAAGAAGGACCACAAGUACCGCUUGUAUUGGAAUAUCUACCACCGUGCCCUUGGAUACGCCAUACUUGUCCUUGGCAUUCUCAAUAUUUUUAAAGGUUAUGACAUCUUGCAACCUGCAAAGAAAUGGAAAUCAGCUUACAUAAUUGUGAUCAUUGUAUUGGGUGCGAUAGCCUUCUUGUUGGAAGCGAUUACAUGGAUUGUAGUCUUGAAGAGGAAGUCCAGCAAUUCCACGAAGCACUAGAUGGAUUCAAAAAUGAAGAAGGCAGGUAUUAGUUGCUCAUUUAGGUUCAAAUACAUUUGGUGCCGUUCUCUCAUGGCAGAUACUGAUUUUGUAAUAUCCUUCUCUUCCUGAUUGUGAUAUAACUUUCUCUUCCAAACUUUUGUUUGGUUUGUGUAUAACAGCUUGAUUUCUCUUGGAUAUCAUACACUUAAAGAUUGUUCAAUCUUUCAGCUA